CAGAGUUUUCAAUUGCAUUGCAUAGAUUGUAGAUUGAGAAAAUUCGUAAAAUCACAUAAACAAUUGCCAUACUUUCAUGUUUAUCCGUCAAAAGGAAAAACCUUACUUAUUUAUUCAAUCUUUAAUAAGUUCAUAUGAUCAUGUUUUGCCGAAACAAACUUUUGCGUGACGUAGCUACACUUUCAUUUCGAAAUCAUAAAGUAUUUAUCUCAAAACCAUUUUCCACAACAUUAUGCUUAAAGACUGAUGAAGAACUUGUUACGACACAUCUAGAUGGAGAUCUUACAGGAAUCACAAUUCUGGGAAUUAACAGACCACAGUCAAGAAAUUCAAUUGGUAAAAACUUAUCACGAAUGCUGAUUAAAACCGUAGACGAGUUGAAAUAUGACCCAAAUAUUCGCGUGUUAAUAGUAAGAAGCAUGGUGCCAGGGAUAUUUUGUGCAGGUGCUGACUUAAAGGAAAGAAGAACGAUGAAGGAGAAUGAAGUUGGACCGUUUGUAGGACGUCUAAGACAACUUAUGUCUGACUUACAGCAAUUUCCUAUUCCCACUAUAGCUGCUAUGGAUGGCACUGCAGUAGGGGGCGGUCUUGAAAUGGCUUUAGGAUUUGAUAUGCGCAUUGCAGCUUCAGAUACUAAACUUGGACUGGUUGAAACCAAGCUUGCCAUCAUUCCUGGUGCAGGUGGUACACAAAACUUAGCCAGGGUUGUUGGACCAAGUAUUGCCAAAGAACUGAUCUACACUGCAAGAGUAAUAGACGGCAACGAAGCGCACAGGAUAGGUCUUGUAAAUCAUGUUGUACCGCAAAAUGAAAACGGUGAUGCUGCAUUUUCUAAGUCACUUGAACUUGCGAAAGAAAUUGUUCCACAGGGGCCUAUUGCUCUACGAAUGGCUAAGCAAGCAAUAAAUCGUGGGUCGGAAGUCGAUUUAUCUUCUGGGUUGGCGUUUGAACAAGCUUGUUAUGCACAGGUUAUUCCAACUAAAGAUAGACUUGAAGGGCUUACUGCUUUCAAGGAAAAGAGGAAACCAAAUUAUAAAGGACACUGAUCAUAAUUAUUUAUAUAUGCAGAAAAAUGACAUAAAUUUUAAAUUACCGAAAGCAAGAUUCUUUUAUUUUAGGACCUUUUUAAACUUGAAAUAUUCAAUCAUAAAAUGACUGAUUGUAAUAUUAAAAUAUGGACUCUUUUAGAAGAACAUGAGUUGUUUAUAAGAAUAUUUAUAUUGCAGUAAUUAUAAAACAUAGGUUAAAAUUUUUAAUCAUUUUGAGAAUGAAAUAAAAAUGGUGUUUACCUUUACCUAUA